CCUCAUUCUAUUAUUUGAGCGAUAUUGCGACGAUGGAGCCCGACGCAGGUCCGAGCGACGGCUGGUACAACGACAACGACGACGACGACCAAGCGCUUCGGUCCGGCAGCUUUGCCUACAGCGAGCGCGCGUCGUCGUUCACGACCCCGUCGGCCGUGUUCUCGCGCGGCUCGAUUUUGCAGCGUGACAUCAAAGCCAUGCCGGUCGAAGCGACGGCCCACGGGCGGUCGUGGGGCACACGGUAUGGCGGCCGCCUGCGGCGCUGGCCGGGCGUCCUCCUGCUUUUUGUCAUUGUGGCUGCGAGUGUGGCGGCCAUCACGUACGGCGCGACGUCGACCCGCGACGCCGCGCGCACCCGCGCGUUCGACGUGCAGAAGCGACUCGCGCUUGAGCGCGCGAUUGCCGACGGCACAACGAGCGGCUCGACAUUGGACGACGUCGACGUCGCCGACGAUGGCCAAGUCAACAACCCCCAAGUGUACCCGCCGAGCGGGUGCCAGCUGCCCAACUACGUGAGCAAGAACGGCAAGAUCUACGCGGUCGCCAAGAACGGCACGGAGGUCCCAAUCCAGAUCAAGGGCGUUAACUGGUUUGGCAUGGAGACGGGCAUGCGAGCGCCGUUUGGGCUCUGGGACAACGACCAGAACGGCACGACUGUGUACGCGGUCGCUCAGUUCCUUGCCAACAACAAGUUCAACUCGGUGCGCAUGCCACUCUGCGUCUCGAGCAUCCUCGAAAACAAGGCGCCCGAAGUGUCGAUCAUCAACCGCGUCACCAACCGCGCUCUGGAUCUGACGUCGUACCUCGGACUACUCCAGACCAUGACGCAGUCGCUCGGGUUCCGCCAAGUUUCCGUCAUGAUUUCCAUGCACACGCUCGACAUCUACAACCGCGAAGGCUCGCUUUGGUACGGCAAGUCGCUCACCACCGACGACUUUCUCAAGGCCAUCGACAUGCUCACGGCCGCGCUUUGCUCGGACAAGUACUGGAACAUCCUCGGCAUCGACGUCAAGAACGAGCCGUGGGAAGGCACGUGGGGCACCGGUACCAAGAAUGACUUUCGCGCAGCUGCGCAGCUCAUUGGCGCGCGUAUUCUCAAGGGCUGCCCCAAGUGGCUCGUGUUUGUCGAAGGCGUCAACGCCCAGCACACGAUCGUCCUCGACGGCCAAGAGUACGGCUACUACGACUGGUUUGGCGGCGGCUUGCACAAGGCCGGCGAGUUUCCGGUCGUCCUGCCGACCGCCGAGAAGCUCGUGUAUGCACCGCACUACUACACGCCGGCGGUGUUUCCGCAGUACUACCUCUUUGGCGGCGGCAAGGUCGGCGCCGGCAACGCGAUCAACGGCUACGUUGAGCUCAGCGACGAGAAGCUUUUGGGGCGUGUGACCAACACCAUGUACGACAUGUUUGGCUAUCUGAACGCCAAGCAAGACGCAGCGGUCGUCCUCGGGGAAUUCGCCGGUCUCUACACGAAAGACGAGCACCCGAUGAAGACGACCCAGCGCUGCACCGACUUUACGAUCAAGGCGAUUUUGAGCGAGAGCUAUGCGGGCGGGUACAUGUGGUCGCUCAACCCCGAGUCGGCGUACCAGUACAACCCGGCCGAUACGCCCGGCAACUAUGUCGAAGGGCUGUUGAAUCUCGACUGGCGGUCGGUGAACGCACCGUUUUUGAAAGCCAUGAAGCCUCUGGACGCGAUGCCGCACCUCAAGAUGAUGCCGUGCUUUAGCACAUGACCACUCGCACGAAGAGUAAUUGCGAGUACAACCGACAAUAUUCGAGUUAGUAGUCUUUUGUUUUAUAUUUUUGAAAGUGCUAUCCAAAUGGA